AUGCCUAAUGCAGCCCGAGCCAGUCGAGAUGCCUAUGAAAGAUGGAUCAAGGCUAAUGACAAGGUCAAGGUCUACACAUUGGCAAGCAUAUCUGAUGUGUUGGUCAAGAAGCAUGAAAGCAUGGUCACUGUAAGGGAGAUCAUGGACUUAUUCCGGUACGUGUUUGGACAACUGUCCAUUCAAACCCGACAUGAUGCCCUCAAGUUCAUUUACAAUUCCUGCAUGAAUGAGGAAACAUCAGUACGAGAACAUGUUCUCAAUUUGAUGGUCCACUUUAAUGUGGCUGAAGUGAACGGGGUUGUCAUAGACGAAGGGAGCCAGGUCACUUUAUCUUGGAAUCUCUUCCGAAGAGUUUCCUACAGUUUCGCAGUACUGCUGUGA